UUGCAACAUUGGUGUACGGGACAUGGUUGUCACUGUGAUUCCUAAGUCUGGCUCAGGAACUGAUGCUUCGCUCCUUCCUGCUGCCUUCGCUGAGACAAAACUUCAGUGUCCAUCACCCACCAUCCAGGGAGCAAUUCUGACUGGCACACGGAGAUCUUCCUUUCAGAAAACCCAUCCAAGGCGAUCUGAGAGCCUGUCAGCUCCACCACAUGGAUUCAGGGAACCUUACUAGAGUGUCAGAAUUUCUUCUCCUGGGACUAUCAGAGGACCCAGAACUGCAGCCCCUCCUAUUUGGCCUGUUCCUCUGCAUGUACAUGAUCACUGUGCUGGGAAACCUGCUCAUCAUCCUGGCUGUCAGCUCAGACUCCCACCUGCACACCCCCAUGUACUUCUUCCUCUCCAACCUGUCCUUGGUAGACAUCUGUUUCACCUCCACCACCAUCCCAAAGAUGCUGCUGAACAUCCAGACACAGAGCAAAGCCAUCACCUAUGCAGGCUGCAUCACACAGAUGUAUUUUUUCAUACUCUUUGCAGGGUUGGAUGACUUUCUCCUGACUGUGAUGGCCUAUGACCGCUUCGUGGCCAUCUGUCACCCCCUGCACUACAUGGUCAUUAUGAACCCCCGACUCUGUGGACUGCUUGUUCUGGUGUCCUGGAUCAUCAGUGUCCUGAAUUCCUUGAUGCAGUGCUUAAUGGUUUUGAGACUGUCCUUCUGUACAGCUUUGGAAAUCCCCCAUUUUUUCUGUGAUCUCAUUCAGGUGGUCCAACUCACCUGUUCUGACACCUUUCUUAACAACAUGGUGAUAUAUUUUUUAACUGUCCUAUUGGGUGGUGGUCCCCUGGCUGGAAUCCUUUACUCUUACUCUAAGAUAGUGUCCUCCAUACAAGCAAUCCCAUCAGCUCAGGGGAAGUAUAAAGCAUUUUCCACCUGUGCAUCUCACCUCUCAGUUGUCUCCUUAUUUUAUGGUACAAGCCUAGGUGUCUAUCUCAGCUCUGCUAUUACCCACAACUCACAGUCCAGUGCAAUUGCCUCAGUGAUGUACACUGUGGUCACACCUAUGUUGAACCCCUUCAUCUACAGCCUCAGGAACAAAGACAUAAAGGGGGCUCUGAAAAGAUUCUUUGGGAUGGUGGGUAAGCAAGGGAUAAUUGUCCUAGGGCUGAUGAAGUCCCCAUUAUUAUAG